GUACAAAAAGUGUUAAAAUGACAAUAAACUCUUGUGUCAGCUCGGUUGUGGCUGAAACUAACUCAUAAUGUUUGAAUAGUCACAUUUCAGACCUCCUUUGAACGCACCUCUCGGGUUUACGUAAACCCCGCGCGCGCUGACUGUUGACGCCGGGUUCAACCCGCCGCCGGGUACCAGCGCUGUAAUCCCACAAUGCAGAGCGCAUGGCGCGUCAUUGGAGAGGGACGAUGAUGAUGGCGGCGGUCGGUGCACCAGAAGUGAUCACACAGCUGGAAAGCGCUGCCAAAGUUUUAAUGGCACCGCCGUCCAUGGUCAGCACAGAACAGAGGCAGCAUGCUGAACACAUAUUCCUCUCCUUCAGGAAAUCCAAAUCCCCUUUUGCCAUCUGCAAGCACAUCUUGGAGACCAGUAAGGUGGACUAUGUGCUGUUCCAGGCAGCCACAGCCAUCAUGGAGGCAGUGGUGCGGGAGUGGAUCCUGCUGGAAAAGACCAGCAUCGAGUCGCUCCGGGCAUUCCUCCUCACCUACGUCUUACAGAGACCCAAUCUCCAGAAGUAUGUCCGCGAGCAGAUCCUGUUGGCUGUGGCGGUCAUUGUGAAGAGGGGCUCUCUGGACAAAAGCAUCAACUGUAAAAGCAUCUUUCACGAGGUCGGACAGCUCAUCAGCAGCGGAAACCCCACGGUGCAAACACUGGCCUGCUCCAUCCUCACCGCCCUGCUCAGCGAGUUCUCCAGCUCCAGUAAGACCAGCAGCAUCGGCCUCAGCAUGGAGUUUCACGGCAGCUGCAAGCGUCUGUUCCAGGAGGAGGGCCUGCGUCAGAUCUUUAUGUUGACGAUGGAGGUGCUGCAGGAGUUCAGCCGCAGGGAAAACUUAAACGCCCAGAUGUCGUCUGUCUUCCAGCGCUACCUGGCUCUUGCCAACCAGGUGCUCAGCUGGAACUUCCUGCCACCCAAUUUGGGGCGCCACUACAUCGCCAUGUUCGAGGCCACACAGAACGUCACGCUCAAACCUACGGAGACCUGGAGGGAAGCGCUGCUGGACACCCGCAUCAUGGACCUCUUUUUCACCGUACACAGGAAGAUUCGGGAGGAUUCAGACAUGGCUCAGGACUCCCUACAGUGCCUGGCCCAGCUGGCCUCCAUGCACGGGCCUAUCUUCCCCGAUGAGAGCGCCCAGGUCUCCUACCUGGCUCACCUGGUCGAAGGCCUGCUCAGCAUGAUCAACGGCAUUGAGAUCGAGGACUCAGAGGCGGUGGGCAUCUCCAAUAUCAUUUCCAACCUGAUCACCAUGUUUCCUCGAAGUACGUUAACGGCAUUGCCCAGCGAGCUCUUCACCUCAUUCAUCAACUGCCUCACGCUGCUCACCUGCUCGUUUGGACGCAGUGCUGCCCUGGAGGAGGUGCUGGAUAAGGAUGACAUGGUUUACAUGGAGGCCUACGACAAGCUCCUGGAGUCGUGGUUGACGCUCGUCCAGGAUGAGGAGCAUUUUCCUCGCGGCUGCUUCGUCCAGCCGGCAGUCCAGGUCUUCAACUCAUACAUCCAGUGUCACUUGGCUGCUCCUGACGGCACCCGGAACCUGUCAGUGAACGGCAUAUCGUCUCACGAUGAGGAAGAGAUCAACGAGCUGCAGGAAGACGACAGAGAGCUGUUCUCUGAUCAGCUGUCCAGCAUUGGCAUGCUAGGACGAGUGGCCGCUGACCACUGUAUCCCCCUGCUCACGAGCCUGCUGGAGGACCGGGUGACACGGCUCCACGGUCAACUCCAGAGGACCCAGCAGCACCUCAUGGCCUCAUCUGACCCUGGAUCAGUGGACCGCAAAGUGCUGGACGACCUCUAUGAGGACAUCCACUGGCUCAUACUGGUCUCAGGGUAUUUACUAGCGGACGACCCUCAGAGUGAAACCCCGUUGAUCCCCUCAGAGGUGAUGGAGUUUUCCAUCAAACACUCGACAGAAGUGGACAUCAACACAACCCUGCAGAUCCUGGGAUCGCCGGGGGAGAAGGCCUCGUCCAUACCGGGCUGCAACCGCACAGACUCAGUCAUCAGGUUGCUGUCAGCGGUGUUGCGGACGUCAGAGGUCGAGUCCAGGGCAACGAGAGCGAGUCUGACUGAGCUGCUGAGCCCACAGAUGGGAAAGGACAUCGUGUGGUUCCUCAGACGCUGGGCCAAGACGUACCUGCUGGUGGACGAGAAGCUCUACGAGCAGAUCAGCAUGCCCCUGAGCACAGCGUUUGGUGCAGACACAGAGGGGGCCCAGUGGAUUGUGGGAUAUCUUCUAGAGAAGGUGAUCAACAACCUGUCUGUGUGGAGCUCGGAGGCUGAGCUGGCAAACGACACGGUGGAGCUGCUGGUGACGCUGGUGGAGAAGAGGGAGAGGGCGAACAUCGUGGUGCAGUGUGAGAGCUGGUGGAACCUGGCGAAGCAGUUUGCCAGCCGCAGCCCACCCCUCCACCUGCUGUCCAGCUCCGUGCAGAGGUCUCUGAUGAAGGCUCUGGUGCUAGGAGGCUUCGCACACAUGGACUCUGACACCAAACAACAAUACUGGGCUGAGGUGCUUCACCCUCUCCAGCAGCGAUUCCUCAACCUCAUCAACCAGGAGAACUUUGCUCAGAUCAGCCAGGAGGAAGCUGUCAAACAGGAAAUCGUGGCCACGUUAGAGGCGCUGUGCGGCAUCGCCGAGGCAACGCAGAUCGACAACGUGGCCUCUCUCUUCUCUUUUCUCAUGGACUUCCUGUCCAGCUGCAUUGGCCUCAUGGAGGUGUACAGCAACACACCUGAGACCAUCAACCUCAUUAUUGAAGUGUUUGUGGAAGUCGCUCACAAGCAGAUCUGUUACCUGGGAGAGACUAAGUCCAUGAAGCUGUACGAGGCGUGUCUGACGCUGCUGCAGGUCUACUCCAAAAACAACCAGAGCAGGAAGCGAAGUGACGCCACAGCUGAGGAGGACCAGUACCAGGACCUGCUGCUCAUCAUGGAGCUGCUCACAAACUUGCUCUCUAAAGAGUUCAUCGACUUCAGCGACACAGACGAGGUGUUCAGGAACCAAGACCAGGGAACGCCGGCGUCCAAUCGGACGGUCUCAGCAGCCGAUGUGGUUCUCUAUGGUGUCAACAUUGUUCUUCCACUCAUGUCUCAGGACCUGCUCAAGUUCCCCUCUCUGUGCAACCAGUACUACAAGCUCAUCACCUUCAUCUGUGAGAUCUUUCCAGAGAAAAUCCCACAGCUGCCUGAAGACCUCUUCAAAAGCCUCAUGUUCUCCCUGGAGCUGGGAAUGACCUCGAUGAGUUCAGAGAUCAGCCAGCUGUGUUUGGAGGCUCUGUCUCCUCUGGCUGAGCAGUGUGCGAAAAACCAGGAGAAGGACACGCCCCUCUUCAUCGCUACCCGUCACUUCCUCAAGUUGGUGUUUGACAUGCUGGUCCUGCAAAAACACAACACGGAGAUGACGGUGGCGGCAGGCGAAGCUCUCUACACACUCGUGUGCCUGCACCAGGCGGAGUACUCGGAGCUGGUGGAGACUCUGCUCUCCUCGCAGAGAGACGCCGUCAUCUACCAGCGGCUGGCCGACGCCUUCAACAAGCUGACGGCCAGCAGCACGCCGCCCACCAUGGACCGCAAGCAGAAGGUUGCCUUCCUCAAGAGCCUGGAGGAGUUUGUGGCCAACGUAGGUGGCCUGCUCUGCGUGAAAUAACCACUGGAAACCGACCCCGCCUCGAAUCAUCGUUUUUGAAAAGCAACCAAUCAAAGACUCACCUGCUUCAUCCCCUGAGAACUAUGGGUAGAAGAGACUCAAAAACCUCUGAGGAACUCUGUCUCUCUACCUGCUGGGGAAUCCAUCUCAUGCCUGAAUGUUUACCCUGUUUCACCUCCUCGGAUUUCUUCUUUGUUUUUUUUGUUGUCCUCCCCACCUGUUAGACCCCUGGCCCCGCCCCUUUUCAGCAUGGUUCACAGACUUGAUGAUGAUGAUGCAGUAACCAUGGAAACAGAACUGCAGAGCAGACGAACUCAGUCAGAGGAUCCUGCCCUGUGGACUGAAAAGAACGGAGCACUGACCAUGGCGACGGCGAGAGCUCGGGAGCAGCAGCUGAUGUUGACGGCGUUGUCCCUCCCCCGCGCCCCUCUACCACCUCAUGUACCUAGAGGCUGCCAGAGCACGUGCACACACACAGACACGCACACACACACACACACUGAGGGUAAAACGGGUUGCUGUGAGUGAGAAUUGAAGACGUUUUUUCCAGUUUUUGUAGUUGACCGUAUUAGAGGGGCCAUUUUGUUUCAAGAUUGCCAUGGCGACCAGCUCCUCCCCAAUGCACACACACACACGCCGCCCCAAUCCUUCCCAGAGUGCCUUUGUUUUGUUGAUUGGUGUGUGUGUGUGUGUGUGUGUGUGAAUUGACUGACAACAAAUAAUGACUGUGCCUGUCAUUCGCCAAGAAUACACGUGCACACACACAAACACACAUGUGCGAAAUGUUGCCAUGACGAUAAAGGUAUGGCUGGCCUGGCCGUCUUUGGGGAUGCUGAACCGCAGCACAGGAGGGCGUUUGUUUGUUUGUUGGCGAUGACAGAAAACCAAAAUCAGAUUGUUUCAACUAAAGGGUGUAAAUAUAUAUAUAUAUAUAAUGUUUUAAUAUCAGAAAUGUAUGUUCAAAGACAAAAAAAAACAUGACUGAAAUAUGUUUUUAUAUGCCAGCAGAUGGCAGGAAGAGUUGAAUGAGUUAAACAUUGUUUGAAUUCAGAUUAAGAGGGAGCAACUUUCUCUGUGUUGACCUUUGAGGUUUGGUAUUUUUUCUCUAUUUGGAUUGUAGUAUUAUGUUGCGGCCCCCUCCCUCCCUCCUCCCUCCCUCGCUCCGUCUGGACAGAUGAAGGCCCCAGAAGGAUCAGGCCUCUUGAAGUUUAGCAGAUAAAUUUCAGUAGUAUUUUUCUACAGCAGCACAUCCACCGUAUCACUCUCUUCAACACACACUGGAUCGAAGCAAAGACUGUUUGAGUUGAAGGACAGCAAUAACAAACCAAAUAAAAAGGAACAGAGCCACUUGUUGACAUUACAUUUUGUCGGAGACAGAAUCCUCCUCGUUCAGAGCACUAUCCUGGUUAUUGUAGAAUGGCUGUUUUGUUAAUGAAGUGUAAAAGUGUACAUAAACCUAUUGUAUAAAA